UUUUGGUAUUAAUAUGGAUGAUGAAUUUAAAUCAAAGUAUAGUUUUGCAGCCCUUCAGAAGUAUGUAUCGGAGAAGGAGAAGGAUAAGGAUAAGGCAAUUUUUAAGCUGUGGAAUGGGAUGAAUUUAGAUGAAUUAGGGAUGUCAGUUUAAGAUAAUAAGUAUGAUUGAAUCACAUUAGAUUGCCUGGACAACCUACAAAGAUUAUUUCACCUUUUAUUGAUGAUAAUGCCACUCAACCAGACCCUCUUUCAAAGCCUCAUGAUUGGAUUAAGCAAAAGUUAAUGCCUCGGUAGAAUAGCGCGAAUAGGAAGAAGGAGAUGUUUAGUUAAUUUUCAGAGGAAACCAAUUUCUAUAUCUUUUAUAAUGUGAUGGAUGAAGAAUAGUAGUUAUGGGCUGUAGAGAAUCUGUAAUAAUAAAUAGUAUAUUUAGAUAUUUGAGAGGUUGGAGGUAUAAUUUGAGGAAGGAGUAAUGGUUUAAGGACUUGUAAUUGAUAAACAAGAAUUUGUAUUCAGGAAAGUAUUUCAGUAUUCCCAAUUGGAAAGUAAUGGAAAGUUCGUAAAUUGAUAUGCAAGAAUCAGAUUUGUGCACAUAGGAAUAAUUCUUCAAUAAUUAAAAUUAAUGAA